GGGACACACCGCCAGUGCAGUGGCCAGAUCAGAGAGUACUGAGUAUGGAAUAUUACUGUUUUUUAAAGUGAUUAUAUGCCCAUUCAAAAUAUAACGCAGUUACAGAAAGUGUUUCUGAGGGUUUAUUAGAUUGCACAAUAUUUUUUUCAUAGAAUUAGUAUUACUCCUACGUUAGAUAUAGGCCUUGAGGCUAUCUAGAUCCUACAACAGCUGUACAAUCACCCAAGAUGAUUGUUUGAACAUUAAAACCAACACCACGGGAACCACCCCUGACUGAUUGAGUGUAAGCAGUCUCCUCUUGAAGGUUACACAUUCCAGAUCCUCAGUCCAGCAAAGUGGAAGAGAUGAAGCUAACCGAGUUUAUCGGGCUGCAGUUCUUUGAAUCCAUGUACCUGUUGGUCCUGUUCUGCAUCCCAAUAGUGGUGGCUCAGCAAUACAUUGGGGCCAUUGUGUUGGCUCUGCUGAUAUUUUUGGCUCUCUCUACAUUGACAAGAAAAUUAUUGUACAAGGCUGUAGAAAUCAAAGGACAGGGUGUGCUUAUCACAGGUUGUGAUACAGGAUUUGGAAAUGCCUGUGCAGUGAGAUUAGAUGCUAUGGGAUUCACAGUUUUUGCUGGUUGUCUGAAUCCUGAGUGUGAGGGGGCCAAGCGUCUACAGGAGAGCACCACAGGAAAGCUGCACAUUUUGAAGAUGGACAUUAGAAGUGACAGUGAUAUCAAGGCUGUUCUGGAAUAUGUGACUGAAACACACGAGUCUACAGGUUGUGGACUGUGGGCAGUAAUCAAUAAUGCAGGAGUGAAUUUCCUUGGAGACAUUGACUUUUGUACAAUGGAUAUGUACCACAGGAUUAUGGAUGUUAAUUUGUUUGGAAUGGUGAGGACAACAAAAGCUUUCUUACCACUUCUGAGAAAGAGUAAAGGUCGAGUGGUGAACGUUACCAGUGUUAGAGGGCGGUGUGUGUUUCCUGUGGCUUCUGCUUACACUAUGGCAAAGUUUGCAGGGGAGGCUUUCUCAGACGGUCUCCGGAUUGAGAUGAGGAAGUUUGGGGUAAAAGUGGUGAUUGUGGAGCCAGGAAACUUUGGAGGAGCAACUGGAAUGUUGAAUGAAAAAUCAUUAGCUAUAAUGAAGAGAGAUUUUAACACAAUGUGGACAGAAGCAGGAGAGGAGGUGAAGGAAACUUACGGCAAGGAAUACCUGGAUCGCCUGUUUGAAGGAGCCAAGGGGACCUCCGCCACCUCCUACCCCACCCUAGCACCCGUUCUCAAUGCUCUAGAGGACGCUGUUAUCAACCAGAACCCUAAAAUACGCUAUUUGGUAGAUGGAGGAAAUGGGAUGAUUGACGUCUUUUGUAUCCUGGCCAGGCUGUACUCAUUUUUACCUGAAUCGGUGAUGGAUUGGAUCGUGUCUAGACUGCUGUCCAGAGAACUACCCCCACUGAAAGCUAAAACACAAUGAAGACUAUGUUUUGUAACAUCCAUAAAUAUACAUCAACCUCUCAUCAUUAUUUAAUAUUCAUCAUGUCCAGCAUUAUUGUUGUUAAUUUAUGAUUAAUAUGUUCAGACAAUAUCUGAAGCAGAGCAGCAGCAUGUGAAGUCACCAACCACAAUUAUAAUUAUCAUGUAUUUAAAACAGGGUUGGCAAAAAAGUGGUCAAUACGAGUAUUGACCGGGCCGGUGGUCAAUACUGGUUAAAACCGGUCAAUACUGGUCAAUAGUGGUCAAUACUGGUUGAUUGAAAAUUGUUUGGUCAUUAUAGUCUGUGUUGUUUGUUAUUUUAAAUGUUUCAGUGGCCAUUAUGGUAAAUACUGUAAUUCAUAACAUGCACUAUCAGUUUAUAAUAUACUUGCAAGUCAUAAUAUUAAAUAAAUAAUGUAAAUGACUGUUAAAUUUGGAAAAAUGUAAAAGUUUAUUGUAAAAAUUAAAACUGUUUCGUAGCCAUAUUACUUUGGCACUGACAACAGCAUUGCAGUCUUUACAUCUUGCUGUGGUCUUGUUGUUGUCGUCAACAUAUGAUAUUCAUAGAAAUUCCAAAUAGGAUCUCUAGGCUUCAUGAUUGUGUCUCUUAGCAGGUCAAGAAGUGAAUGUGAGAGGAAAAUUGUGGUAUUUCCUAAACUAUGUUUUGUUGAAGCCAUAGAUAGUAUGAUGGGGGAAGUGUUUUCUAUUUCUGUUCAAAUUCUUUAGUUUAUCAAGAACUACCUAUUGUUUCAAAUCUUCAUUUAACUGUUAAAUAAACAUUUGAGGGGGUGUUGGUGAUGUUUUCAUAACAAUAACAUGUACACUGGUCCUCUCUGGUCCCAGACUAUGCUAAUUAACACCUGUCAACUCUGUUUCCUGUGCUCAGGUACAUCUCCUGCUCUGUACAUUGCAACACUUUGUUUAUCUACAGCACCUGUCAUCCAAUUGAAUUCAUAUUAAAUCACUGUUUAUUUAAUGUCCAGCUACCUGUUACUCUUAAUCUGUCCAGGUACAUGUAUAAGCAGAUCCUAUUGUCUAGUUAUACUAUAUGUGACCCUCUUUUAUAGUUCUGAUUAUGGUCACAGUUUCAGCAAACCAAAUAUAUUAAACUUAUGAAAUUACAUCUAAUUAUCUAAUGAAAAUUAUUGAUAACCAAUUGAUCCAUAUAUUAUAAUGAAAAGACUUAAUUUAUCUUUGCAAAAAAUGUACAAAAAUAGGAAAAUGGACAGUUUAAAUCUCAAUUGACCAGUAUUGACCACUUAGGGAGUAUUGACCGGGACGGUUAAAACCACUGGUUAAAACCGGGGGCGGUUUUAACCACCCAACCCUGAUUUAAAAAAUAUGUAUAUAAUUUUACUGCCUUGCAGUUUAUUUGUCUCUUGUCGUGAAUGUCCAACAACAUUAGUGAAAGAAUUCAAUCUCAUGUUAAGAAUGUAAACAGUAAAAGUUUUUUGUACAUCCAAACAAUGCUGUGUACAAUCAAACGAGUAGAAAUCAUUUCAAUAGGCAAUUUAACCUGUUGUAGUUUACAGAAUUUAGUGCGCUUUUUGCAUAGUUGAUUACGGAGUUUUGUAAGGUGUUGAUUUCACCUUCAAUACACAAUGAUGUAAUACACCAUUAAGUAGUUAAUUAUCAUACUGAGGUUAUUUUCAUAAUGAUGAUACAUACAUGUUUAUGUUUAUUGACCUUCAGAAUGAUAAUUUUGGAUUGAUACAAUCAUUCUUUAGUAUCUGUGUGGGAUUGGGAAAUGUCACUUGUCUUUUUAUCUUGUCUCCAAGGUCUUUUUCAAUCCCAAAAAGACAACAGUUGAUUAUUUUUCUCACUUUAUCAUCAUUGUCUUAAUGGAUUGUAGUUAUUAAACAUUAUUCAAAGCAUGAA